CAGAAAUAUACGGAAAUAGACAGUCGCAUUAUCAUAAUAUUCCGUAAAUAUACUGAUAAAAAAACGAAAUAGAGCUAAACCGCGUAAAAAAUAUUUCUUUUAAAUUAUUGUAUAUCCAUAUUGUCCUUCAUCAUUACCUACUUAAACAUUAACGUGUACAGACUUUUCGACAAUAGGUUAGCUAAUCGUAUUCUGUCUAUGUCUAGUCACAACGAACUUGUUAUCGAAGUGCUGUCGUUUCUGAAUAAUUUGUUUUGAUUUUACUUUAUUUAAAUUUGGUUGAAUUUAAUUUUUGUCACGAUGUCUGCAGAUCAAAUCCAGUACUCAGAGAAGUAUUUUGAUGACAAAUUCGAGUACAGGCAUGUUAUUCUGCCUUUAGAUUUGGCCAAGCAUGUGCCCAAGGCGCAUCUGAUGACUGAAACGGAGUGGCGCAAUCUUGGAGUACAGCAGAGUCCCGGCUGGGUCCAUUACAUGAUGCACGUACCAGAGCCCCAUGUGAUUCUGUUCCGCCGCAAACGCGUCGAGGAAGAGAACGCGUCGCAGGUGUCGUCGCAACAAGCGGCAGCCUGUGUAUAAAGCCAGACAUAAACGCACCCACCAACUCACACAAGUAAUCCAUAAGACAGGUUUAUCAGAACAUCCUGAUGUAAAAUAAGUAUAACCCAUUGCUUUAAGAGUAUUGCAGCUGAUCAAGUUCAAACCUCGAAAAAAUUUUGUGUUUAAACGUUUCUGUUAAUUUCAUUUAAGUUUAUUUACCUAAAAUACAAAUCAAAUGUACGCCAUGUGUACGAACAGUUUAAAA